UGACAUUUGACAUACGAAGCUCACUUGACUGAUUGUUUAGUUCAAUCAGUCGAUCUCAGCAAGUUUAGUAAAUAAAUAUAAGCCAGAGUACAGUGGAAUAUUGCAAAAUUUAAAUCAGUAUGUCCAUGUACGAACAGGAUUAUGAUCAAUUUGACGAUGAGGAGACUGAAGAAAUCAGCUCCGAACUCUGGCAAGAAGCGUGCUGGAUUGUCAUCAACGCAUACUUCGAUGAAAAGGGCCUGGUGCGGCAGCAGUUGGACAGUUUUGAUGAAUUCAUCCAAAUGUCUGUGCAGAGGAUUGUUGAAGAUUCGCCCGCCAUCGAGCUGCAGGCCGAGGCUCAGCACACAACUGGAGAAAUCGAAGUGCCGCCCAGAUUUUUACUGAAAUUCGAACAGAUUUAUUUGUCCAAACCCACGCAUUGGGAGAAAGAUGGUGCCCCGUCGCCGAUGAUGCCUAAUGAAGCUCGGCUGAGAAACCUGACUUAUUCUGCUCCGCUGUAUGUCGAUAUCACUAAGACUAUCAUCAAGGAGGGCGAAGACCCGGUCGAGACCCAGCAUCAAAAAACCUUUAUCGGAAAAAUCCCAAUUAUGUUGCGCUCAACAUAUUGCUUACUUAGCGGACUCACUGAUCGAGAUUUGACUGAGUUGAAUGAGUGCCCGUUGGAUCCAGGGGGUUAUUUCAUUAUUAACGGCUCUGAGAAAGUGUUAAUUGCUCAAGAGAAAAUGGCCACGAACACGGUAUAUGUAUUUUCCAUGAAAGAUGGAAAGUAUGCCUACAAGUCUGAAAUAAGAUCUUGCUUAGAGCACAGUUCCCGCCCUACAUCGACGCUCUGGGUCAAUAUGAUGGCCAGAGGCGGGCAGGCGAUUAAAAAAGCAGCUAUCGGCCAAAGAAUCAUCGCCAUCCUGCCAUACAUCAAGCAGGAAAUCCCUAUAAUGAUAGUUUUCCGCGCUUUGGGCUUUGUGGCCGACCGCGAUAUUUUGGAGCACAUCAUCUACGACUUUGAGGACCCGGAAAUGAUGGAAAUGGUCAAACCCUCUCUGGACGAGGCCUUCGUAAUCCAAGAGCAAAAUGUUGCGCUGAAUUUUAUUGGAGCCAGAGGCGCCAGACCGGGAGUAACAAAGGAACGGCGUAUUAAGUAUGCAAGGGAAAUUCUGCAAAAGGAAAUGUUACCUCAUGUGGGUGUUUCUGAUUUUUGCGAAACUAAAAAGGCAUAUUUCUUGGGGUAUAUGGUGCAUCGACUUCUGUUAGCAGCACUUGGAAGGCGAGAAUUAGAUGACCGGGAUCACUAUGGAAAUAAACGACUGGAUUUGGCAGGUCCACUGCUGGCCUUCCUGUUCAGAGGACUGUUCAAGAAUUUAAUGAAGGAAGUCCGAAUGUAUGCACAGAAGUUCAUUGAUAGAGGAAAGGACUUCAAUUUGGAUCUGGCCAUUAAAACCAAAUUGAUCACCGAUGGGUUGAGGUAUUCACUGGCCACUGGAAACUGGGGCGACCAGAAGAAGGCGCAUCAGGCUCGGGCAGGCGUAUCUCAGGUAUUGAAUCGCCUGACGUUUGCCUCAACACUGUCUCACUUAAGGCGAGUAAACUCGCCCAUUGGUAGGGAUGGCAAGCUAGCUAAACCGCGUCAGCUCCACAACACUCUUUGGGGCAUGAUUUGCCCAGCUGAAACCCCUGAGGGCGCCGCUGUAGGUCUUGUAAAAAAUCUGGCUCUCAUGGCCUACAUAUCUGUCGGAUCUCAACCGUCCCCCAUUCUGGAGUUUUUGGAAGAAUGGUCCAUGGAGAACUUGGAAGAAAUUGCGCCGUCGGCUAUAGCAAAUGCCACGAAGAUAUUCGUCAACGGAUGUUGGGUGGGUAUUCAUCGCGAUCCCGAACAACUUAUGGCGACGUUGAGGAAACUCAGGCGCCAAAUGGACAUUAUUGUCUCCGAAGUGUCGAUGAUCCGAGAUAUUCGGGAUAGGGAAAUUCGAAUUUAUACAGACGCCGGUCGUAUUUGUAGACCACUGCUGAUUGUCGAAAAUAGUCAGCUGCUGCUUAAGAAGAAGCACAUAGACAAUUUGAAGGAGCGGGAGUACAAUAACUAUGGUUGGCAGAUGUUAGUCGCCUCAGGUGUAGUGGAAUACAUAGACACUCUGGAGGAAGAAACGGUUAUGAUUGCCAUCACCCCAGACGAUUUGCGGCAGGAAAAGGACUACGCCUACUGCAGCACAUACACGCAUUGUGAGAUCCAUACCGCUAUGAUUUUAGGGGUGUGCGCGUCCAUUAUUCCCUUCCCGGAUCACAACCAAAGUCCGAGGAACACCUACCAAAGUGCUAUGGGCAAACAGGCUAUGGGCGUUUAUAUCACAAACUUCCACGUGCGGAUGGACACAUUGGCUCACGUUCUUUAUUACCCUCACAAGCCCCUGGUUACCACUAGAUCCAUGGAAUACCUCCGAUUUAGAGAGUUGCCAGCUGGAAUCAACAGCAUAGUGGCCAUUGCCUGCUACACAGGGUAUAACCAGGAGGAUUCCGUUAUUUUAAAUGCUUCUGCUGUGGAGCGCGGGUUCUUUAGAUCAGUGUUUUACCGUUCGUAUAAAGACGCCGAAUCCAAGCGCAUUGGCGAUCAGGAAGAGCAAUUCGAGAAACCCACUAGGCAAACGUGCCAAGGAAUGCGAAACGCUCUUUACGACAAAUUGGAUGAUGACGGCAUCAUAUCGCCAGGAAUUCGAGUGUCUGGAGAUGAUGUUGUUAUAGGAAAAACUAUGACUUUGCCUGAAAAUGACGACGAACUGGAAGGUGUGACUAAAAGAUGGACAAAGCGGGAUGCUUCCACCUUCCUACGAAACAGUGAGACGGGAGUCGUGGACCAAGUGAUGUUAACGUUAAAUUCUGAGGGAUACAAGUUCUGCAAAAUCAGGGUGCGCUCGGUUAGAAUCCCGCAAAUCGGGGACAAAUUUGCCUCCCGGCACGGACAGAAAGGAACCUGCGGCAUUCAGUAUCGGCAGGAGGACAUGCCUUUCACAUGCGAAGGAAUCACGCCGGACAUCAUCAUCAACCCCCAUGCCAUCCCGUCGCGUAUGACAAUUGGCCAUUUGAUCGAGUGUCUUCAAGGGAAGGUCUCCUCAAACAAGGGGGAAAUUGGUGACGCCACCCCGUUUAAUGACGCGGUAAACGUGCAGAAAAUCUCCACUCUUUUGCAAGAGUAUGGAUACCAACUCAGAGGCAACGAGGUGAUGUUUAACGGGCACACGGGAAGGAAGAUCAAUGCCCAAAUUUUCUUGGGCCCCACAUACUACCAACGUCUGAAGCACAUGGUGGACGACAAAAUUCACUCCAGAGCCAGAGGCCCAGUGCAGAUUCUCGUGCGACAACCCAUGGAGGGUAGGGCGAGAGACGGAGGCCUGCGUUUCGGAGAAAUGGAACGAGAUUGCCAAAUAUCCCAUGGUGCCGCUCAGUUCCUGCGGGAACGAUUAUUCGAGGUGUCCGAUCCCUAUCGGGUGCACAUUUGCAACUUCUGCGGCCUGAUCGCUAUUGCCAAUAUGCGGAACAACACAUUCGAGUGCAAGGGCUGCAAGAAUAAGACCCAAAUCUCGCAAGUUCGUUUACCUUAUGCGGCCAAGCUGCUGUUCCAGGAGCUGAUGUCUAUGAAUAUUGCUCCUAGGCUUAUGGUGCUUUAGACAUCUAAUUUUCAUGUAUAUAGUUUUUCAGCAACGUUUUAUUAUAAAUUAAAGUAUUAA